AGAGAGAGAGAGAGAGAUUUAAAACCCACAUUUUAAUAUUUUUUGCUUCAAAGACCCAACAAUCUCUUCAGCAGAAUCACUUGCAGAGAUGGCUGGGUUUGUUGGGAUUCUUGUCUCAGAUCCAUGGCUCCAAAACCAGUUCACUCAGGUGGAGCUGCGCGGCUUGAAGACCCAUUUCCUUUCCAUAAGGAGGGAGCUUGGUCAAGUAACCUUCCGUGACUUGCCUUCGAGGAUGUCGAAACUGAAAGUUGUAGGAGACAAUAUGAGUGAGGAAGAGAGGGCUUCGUUUCUGCUCGAGUCCUACGCGAACAUGGAUGAGGAGGUCGAUUUCGAAAUCUUUCUCCGGGUUUAUCUCAAAAUGCAAGCUCAUGCAAAUGCUAAAAUGGGUAGUGGGGCGAAAAAUUCUUCUGCAUUUCUAAAGUCUGCUACGACUACAUUGCUUCAUACCAUCAGCGAAUCUGAGAAGGCAGCUUAUGUUGCACAUAUUAACAACUACCUUGGACAAGAUGAGUUCUUGAAGAAAUGCCUUCCUAUAGAUCCUUCCACUAAUGAUCUCUUUGAGAUUGCAAAGGAUGGUGUCCUUUUAUGUAAGCUUAUCAAUGUCGCAGUCCCAGGUACUAUUGAUGAACGAGCCAUCAACACUAAGACAGUACUCAAUCCAUGGGAGAGAAAUGAGAACCAUACACUAUGCCUCAACUCUGCUAAGGCCAUAGGGUGUACAGUAGUUAAUAUUGGGACACAGGACUUCAUCGAAGGAAGGCGGCAUCUUGUGAUUGGGUUGAUUUCUCAAAUUAUUAAGAUACAACUAUUGGCCGACCUCAACUUGAAGAAAACACCCCAGUUGGUAGAGCUGGUUGAUGAUAGUAAGGAUUUGGAGGAGCUAAUGAGCUUAGCACCAGAGAAGAUUCUACUCAGGUGGAUGAACUUUCAGCUGAAGAAAGGAGGAUACAAGAAAACCGUUACAAACUUCUCUUCUGAUGUCAAGGAUGGAGAGGCUUAUACAUGCCUACUAAAUGUUCUAGCACCAGAGCACAAUAUUCCAUCUACAUUGCCUGUGAAGGAUCCCUUACAAAAAGCAAAAUUAAUCCUUGAACAUGCAGAUCGAAUGGGUUGCAAGAGAUACCUAACCCCAAAAGACAUUGUGGACGGUUCUCCAAAUCUUAACCUAGCUUUUGUUGCACAUAUUUUUCAGCUCAGAAAUGGCCUCUCAUCCCAGACAAAGCAAAUAUCCUAUGUUGAAAUUUCACCAGAUGAGGCACAAGUGUCUAGAGAAGAAAGAGCAUUCCGCCUUUGGAUCAAUAGUCUUGGAAAUUCAACAUAUAUUGAUAAUGUGUUUGAAGAUGUUAGAAAUGGAUGGGUACUCUUAGAAGCCCUAGACAAGGUUUCACCAGGGAUAGUGAAUUGGAAGAUUGCAACCAAACCUCCAAUUAAAAUGCCAUUCAGGAAAGUAGAAAACUGUAACCAAGUUGUGAAGAUUGGGAAACAAUUGAAGUUUUCUCUGGUCAACAUUGCUGGACAUGAUAUCGUGCAAGGGAAUAAGAAACUAAUAUUAGCUUUCUUGUGGCAAUUAAUGCGGUGCAACAUCCUCCAGCUUCUAAAGAACCUGAGAUUCCAUUCUCAUGAGAAGGCAAUCACAGAUGCUGAUAUUCUAGAAUGGGCCAAUAAAAAAGUUAGGGAUGCAGGGAGGCAUAGUCGUAUGGAUAGUUUUAAGGAUAAAAGGUUGUCUGAUGGCAUUUUUUUCCUUGAAUUGCUUAGUGCGGUAGAACCAAGAGUUGUUGAUUGGAGUCUUGUUACAAAAGGGGAAAACGACGAGGAGAAAAAGAUGAAUGCCACAUAUAUUAUCAGUAUUGCAAGGAAGCUUGGAUGCUCAAUUUUUCUGCUUCCAGAAGAUAUAACAGAGGUGAACCAGAAGAUGAUCCUAACUUUGACAGCAAGCAUUAUGUAUUGGUUCUUGAAACAACCUGUUGAGAGAUACAAUGAAAAUGGGAGCUCGUUGGACACCAUGUCAAACUCAACCACGGAUGACACAGCUUCUGAGAGCUCAACAGAAUAGAAUGGGAAUAGAUAAUUUGGUGAUCCCUGCAGAAAUUAAACCAUUGGUGGUGGUUUGUUAUCCUUCGGAACUUAGUGAACAUUUCCCUUGCUAAUUUUGAGCCUUUUUCAUUUUGAUACUUCCAAGUAGUCAUGAAACAGUUAUUCAUUUGUACGCCGGAGUUGUAGAUUAUUCUUUCUUCCUUUUGUUAGUUGUGUAAGAUGUUAACAGAUAUUAUUGUGUUGCAAAGCUAAUAUCCUUGUAAAUAUUAACUUCAAAUUCUGUUUCUGUAAAUUGAAAUUGAUCGAUACUUGUAUUUUCUUUU